UUCCUCGUAACUGGCCGCACGCGUUUGCGAUAAUGUUACACGCGACCAGACUCGUGUAAGCUCAUGCGGACUUCAUGAACGAACGAUCGGCGUACGCGCGAGGGCUUUGGCUCGAACUGUGAUGCGCCAUAUUGGUUCAAGAGAAUUGUUCAUAGUUCAGUGAGGUCUUCGGUGAAUCAGUUAUUUUUUCAUCGCAAAUGCACGCGCAAUAACAGAAUUCCCGACGAUGGAAGAAACCAAGAUCAUCUAUCAUAUCGAUGACGAAGAGACCCCUUACCUGGUGAAGCUCACCAUAUCACCGGAAAGGGUCACUCUGGCCGACUUCAAGAACGUCUUGAAUCGGCCGAAUUACAAGUAUUUCUUCAAAUCGAUGGACGAUGAUUUCGGUGUUGUAAAAGAAGAAAUUGUGGAUGAUGAUGCCCACCUUCCAUGUUUCAAUGGACGAGUUGUCUCUUGGUUGGUGUCUGCUGAGGGCAGUAAUGUCUCAGAUGGUGCAUCACAAUGCACAGAUUCAGUAGCACACAGUGAGGCAAAGCAUGAUCGUGUUGAUCAUGUAACACCUGGUCAUACAAAUCGUGGCCCGCCGCCGCUUUCUCAUGAUGACACUUUAACUGAAACUGAAAGUAUUAUAAGUAGUCGGCAAGGACAUCAUUUACAUAAAAGUUCAAGACACCAUUCAGACAAGUACAUUGACAAAUAUAAAAACAAAUAUAAUGGACUUCGUAUAAACGGUCAUUCAAAGCACAGAUCAGGCCAUGGUUAUGAGACUGCAUCUAUUUUAAGUUCAGAUUUAGAAACAACCACAUUUUUAGAAUCGGAUGACGAUGCAAGUAGCCGAAUAACAUCGACAACAGGCAGACACACCAAUAUGAGUAGCACAGUUGACAGAGCUACCUUAGAUCGGCGUAGACCGCAAAGAAGACGGCGUCACAGACUACUACCUAUGUCAAGAACAUCAUCCUUUAGCAGUAUCACAGACAGUACAAUGUCCUUAAAUAUAAUAACAGUCUCAUUAAAUAUGGAUACUGUUAACUUCCUUGGGAUUAGUAUCGUUGGUCAAAGUAAUAAAGGUGGCGAUGGGGGCAUCUAUGUUGGUUCCAUAAUGAAAGGGGGAGCUGUUGCUUUAGAUGGUCGAAUAGAACCUGGCGACAUGAUUCUUCAAGUAAACGAUAUUAACUUCGAGAAUAUGUCUAAUGACGAAGCAGUUAGGGUACUACGUGAAGUGGUUCAGAAACCGGGACCAAUCAAACUAGUAGUAGCAAAGUGUUGGGAUCCUAAUCCAAAAGGAUAUUUCACAAUACCACGUACAGAGCCUGUACGACCAAUAGAUCCUGGUGCUUGGGUAGCACAUACGGCUGCUAUAAGGGGUGAAGGUUUUCCUCCACGCCCACCGAGUGCCACAACUUUAACAUCAACGUCAAGCAGUCUUGCGAGCACACUACCAGACACAGAAAGACCAUUGGAGGAACUUCACUUAACAGUGAACACUGAUAUGCCAACAGUAGUGAGAGCAAUGGCUAGACCUGACUCAGGGUUAGAAAUUCGUGAACGUAUGUGGCUUAAAAUAACAAUACCAAAUGCAUUUAUUGGGGCAGACGUGGUGGAUUGGCUUAAUACUCACGUGGAAGGGUUCAUUGAUCGUCGCGAUGCAAGGAAAUACGCAUCCCUGAUGCUAAAAGCUGGCUUUAUCAGGCACACAGUGAAUAAGAUAACAUUUUCCGAGCAGUGUUAUUAUAUAUUCGGUGACCUGUGUUCAGCGAUGAGCAGCAUGAAAUUAGACUGCGACACUGUUGGACCAUUACCACCACCAAAUGCCUGGGACAUGCCUUAUUCGGGAACGUAUGCACCUCAUUCCGCAACUGGUUAUAGUCCAAUGCCAUUCAAUUUCACUAACGAACCAACCGUGUACGGUUAUCAUCGAGAAGAGAGUGUUCAUAGUGGCUCAGGGGGUAGUAGUGCAGGUAGCGAACACAUUUGCAAAGAACCUAUCCAUGACCUGAAGUCAUGUUCUUCGGCGUCCGAGACUGAAUUGCAUAUUCCAUCAGUGCCAACAAUGCCAAGUAAGAAUUCUGGCAAUGGGAACGGUUCGAAUGGAAAAAGGUCUAAUGGUAGUCGCAGUCGUUCCAGUGGUUCUGAACAGUCUGUGCAGACAGGAACUGGUUCAGGGAAUCAACAGAACCCGCAAGACUUAUCUGGAUUGUCUACGACAAUGGGGCAGCUAUUUCUUUAAAAUCGAGAGGAUGUUGUUUACAAAAAAAAAGCAUGUUAAACGAUUCACUAAUUAUUGCUUUGCAAAAUGCGAAUUUUUCUUUAAAUGGUAAGCCGCUACCAACGAAUACAAAAUAGAAACGCAAGAAAACAAAAGAUAUAUUAUGGAUAUGUACAAAGGAAACAAAAGUGUGAAAUGAACGCAUUAUUGCGUGUUGGGCAAUUAUUGGUGAAUCAUUUAUGUCGAUCAUGGUCCGUGCGUGGAGGACACAUAUUUCAAUUGUAUUCCUAACGAUUCAAGUAAUUAUUUGGACGACAGAAAUUGUUUACAAUUAUGUUAUGUGGUACUGCAUCACAGGUUCGACAAUAUGUAAAUAGAACAAAUUAUGCUCAUAUUAAAUGUGCCAUCUUAUGAGUGUUGGAGGAAAGUACUGAAACAGAAAGAAUAUGAAAUGGAUAUACUGCGACGCACAUAAUUUAUAUAGAUGCUUUCCAGGUGUAUGCAUUUCUUAUCAUUUUACGUUCAUUCAAAUGUCAUCUUAUCAGAUACAAUAAUCGAGUAUCUUCUGCAUCUCGCAUAAGCUUAUUUAAUUUCAACGAACUUCGUCACACAUUUAAUUGCGUCUUGCCGUUGCGUUUAUUACACGAAUUUUUUUUUAUCUAGCAUAUAUCUUGUUAUACCUAAACGACGUUCUUUUAUUUUUAUAAAAUGCUGCCAGAAAAAAUAUUCGCG